AUGAUUUCAUCUGCAGCUUUAUCAAAUAACAACAACAACCACUCGAUAAUUACAACCCGACAACUACCGGAAGAAGAAGAAAAUACGAGAAAAUUAGAAAUAUCAUUUUCUAAAACAGUUCCUUCAUUAAUUAACGCCAAUGAUGAUCAUGAUGAACAAAUAAUGGCAUCGGAACAACAAGAUCUUUUUGAAAUUAAACCGCUGAGUAGCACAGUAUUAGCAAUUUCAUUGAAAGAGCUGGCAAAUAAUGCUCAAGUUAGCACAGACGAAAUCAUUCAAGUCUUGUCCAAAGCACUUUCUAAAUAUUUAUCAAAGAAAGAACAACUUUCCAGCUCAACUCAUAAAAAAGAAUUAUCACUACUGGGUAAGGUUAUGGAACUAUUGAAACAAUUUUCGGAAUGGGCAAAAGAAAAUGCUUGGGAGGUAUUCUUGUUCAGACUCUUUGAUUGCAUUAUUGUAUUUUGUGUCUUGUUUUUCAUGAGGCAUAUUCUUCCCAAGAGUGUGACACGAGUUUUGGAAUGGUUUAUUGAUCCUCUUGUGGAUUUUGAAGGCUUCCCUUUUUCCAAACCAGCCACCUCCAACAAUUAA